AUGUCGGAUCCCAAUCAAAAUCCUUUUCGACCCAACUAUUCACAAACUCAGCCUUCAGCAUCCAUUCCUACCAAUCUUUUGUCCCAUCCUCCGUCAAGACUCUCACCUGUACAUGGGGUAGACCUUCUUGACCUGCUCGGUCAAGCUUCAUCAUCGGCAGGACCAUCUCAUCACAUGAAUGAUGCCAUGACGGGAGGAUCGACCCUGCCUCCACAGACACAACCCGGAACGGGCGGAGUAGGGAAUACUGUGGUGGGUGGAAGUCUGAUUUCUGGGGAUAACAAAAAGAAGAAAGAUGAAAAAGAUGGAUAUGUGCCGAAAAGAGGAUAUCGUGCUUGUGUGCAUUGUCGUUUGAGGAAAGCAAGAUGUGAUUUAGGCGAUGUCAACGCCCCCUCUGAACCACCUUGUUCAAGAUGUAGAAGAGAACAACGGGACUGUGUCUUCUUACCAAGUAAACGACGUCGAAAGACAUCCUCUGCUGCAGAAGGCGGCCAACGCGAAACCUCACUUGACCCUUCUCAAGCUGAGGUGUAUCCCGCUCGGGGAAGUUCAGUGACAGCGACCUCAAAUCCUGCCCCUGGCAACCCUGCAACUCAACAGCUCAAUCAGUCGCCAUACGAAAAUAAGCCUACUUCGAAGGAAUGGAGUAUCCCGACUUUCCCUCAGAUCGUACCUUCAACUCAAACAGAUGAUCGAAUACAGCAGAACCAUAAUCAACUCACUAGCUGGAACGAAAAUCCACCUCAGCCUGGACCAAGCAACCAGAUGUUUCCCCCUCCUCAACCUUCCCAAACUCCACAGCAUCAUCCGGAUACCACCACUCCUGGAUCCCUCGGUGAAUCCUCCAUAGCUUCUACAUCUGGUCAAUCACCAGGUCACAGGGCAAAGAAACGUAGAACAGAACCUGAUGGAACUAGGAAGAUCGUGAAUGCUAGUUUAUCCAACGAGAUGGAUGCACUGGAGAUACUCGCAAAUGCAGCUACAGAAGGAGAUGCUGAUGGCGAUUCAAGCGGCGGAAAAGGUAAAAAUACCAGUCAUGGUGAUGCAAAGAGGGUAUCUUGGGAUAUAGGUGAAGAUUCCCCUCCGACAAGAGAGUUACAAGAAUUUCAUUUGAUUAAGAAUCGCAUAUUGGACGAAUACGAUUUACAAGAUUUAGUCACAACCUUUUUCAGAGAUCACCACCCGUCCUUGCCAAUCUUCCAAACGGCUCGAAUACCGCGUACACGUGAACAGCUGCAAGAUUUAGCGAGUAACGACUCGUUUCUCCUCACGUGCAUAGUAGCAGUAGCAUCGCGUCAUCCCGUUGACCAUAAAUACCGGGAGAUACACGAUCGCACUUGGUCUAUUCUCCGGGAGACUUUGGCAGACUAUUCAUUUGCUGGACUGCCUGGGAGUGUAGGGUUUGUAGAAGGUGUUUUACUAUUGGCGGAACAUCUUCCAAGAGAAAAAGCUACCCCUCCCAGACCUACAAGUUUGCAUAUGUUGGCUGGACCUGGAAGCGAAGCUGCAGGCGAGCACGGAACGGAUAACAGACGGAGUUGGAGUAUGACUGGUUUGGCCAUACGUGCAGCAUAUCUGCUAGGCUUGGAUCAGAUUGCCCUUGAGAUCAAUGAGGACGAGCGCACACCUGAUAUGAGUCUGCCUGAUUAG